AUGACAGCCAUAUCGGCAGUGGACAAAUUGGCUUCAUUUCUGCGAUGCACGGCCCGUGUGGGAGACGUGACCAUCACCAACGACGGGGCGACCAUCCUCAAGCAGCUUGACGUCGAGCACCCCGCUGCCAAGGUGCUCGUCGAGCUGGCAGAUCUGCAAGACCAGGAGGUGGGUGACGGCACGACGUCCGUGGUGAUCGUGGCGGCGGAGCUGUUGAAGAGGGCCAACGAGCUCAUCAAGAACAACAUCCACCCUACCACGGUGAUGGCCGGCUACCGGCUAGCCCUGAAGGAGGCCGUCAAGUAUAUCAAGGCUAACCUGUGCGUGCCCGUGGACAAGCUGGGCAGGCCAAACUUGAUCAAUGCGGCCAAGACGGCAAUGAGCUCCAAGAUUCUCGGGCCGGAGAGCGAUUAUUUCGCAGAGAUGGCGGUGGACGCGGUCACCGCGGUCAGGACAGAGUCGGGCGGAGACCUGGGCAAGAAGGCAAGAAACAUGGCAGUUGUCAAGUACCCGGUCUCCGCGGUGCACAUCCUCAAGUGCCACGGGCUGAGCUUGCUCGACUCUAAGGUAGAGCCCGGCUAUGCGCUCAACUGCGUGAGGGCUUCGCAGGGCAUGCCUACCUCGGUACAGAAUGCCAAGAUCGCCUGCCUGGACAUCAACCUGCAGCGAUACAAGAUGCAGAUGGGAGUCCAGGUGGUGGUGAACGACGUGAAGGAGGUGGACGCUAUCCGACAGCGGGAAAUGGACAUCACCAAGGAGCGGAUCGAGAAGAUCCUCAGCUCCGGGGCUACGGUAGUGCUCACGACCAAGGGCAUUGACGACCUCUGCCUCAAGUACUUCGUAGAGGCCGGGGCCAUGGCCGUACGGCGCGUAAAAAAGGAAGACAUGCGGCGCAUCGCCAAGGCCACGGGCGCGAGCAUCGUGACGACCUUGGCGGACAUGGAAGGGAAUGAGACUUUCGAUCCGGAGGUGCUGGGGCAGGCAGACGAGGCGUCCUGCACCGUCGUGCUCCGAGGGGCUAACGACUUCAUGCUCGAUGAGAUGGACAGGUUUACGUUUGCAUCGCUUGUGAUGAGAACAAGGGCAUUGCACGACUCUCUGAUGGUCAUCAAGAGAAUGCUGGAAAGCAACGUGCUGGUUGCUGGCGGAGGGUCCGUGGAGACAGCGCUGUCUAUCUAUCUCGAGAGCUUUGCGACCACCCUGGGCUCCCGCGAGCAGCUGGCCAUCGCAGAGUUCGCGGAGGCUCUACUCGUCAUCCCCAAGACCCUGGCCGUCAACGCCGCGCAGGACGCGACCGAACUCGUGGCGAAGUUGAGGGCGUACCACAACACGUCGCAGCUGCAGGAGGACAAGACGGAGUACCGGCACUACGGGCUGGAGCUUGUGGAGGGGAAGGUGCGCGAUAACCUCGCUUGCGGGGUGGUGGAGCCUGCCAUCAGCAAGAUCAAGUCGUUCCGGUUCGCCACCGAGGCGGCCAUCACCAUCUUGCGUAUUGACGACAUGAUCAAGCUGGACAAGCAGGAACAGGAAGACCCGCGGGCAAGGCGCGGCGGGGGAAUGGGCGGCAUGCCCGGGAUGUAAACGGGGGUUAGGUAGCGGGACGGCGUGAACGCGUUUUUUGGAGGUAGUUUUAUGGCGGGAAAGAUUCUAGUCGACAGGGUUAUGGUGUGUGGCGAGCUGGUCAUUGCAUGGGUGGUAGAUACAUGCCUCGACGGAGUGGCCGAGGUGGUUGUGGUCUCGGGGGGCGUUGUA